CUUCAGUCCCCGCCUUCGCGAAGGUCCAACCCUUCCCAAAAUUUAAAUGCUCUGUGCCACGGGAAGGAAGAUUCACUUGCGUUUGAACAACUGACUUUGAGAGUCCAAAUAGUUUCUCGUUCCUCUGAAGAGUUAACUGCGAAGUUAACUUUAUAGACAUUGAGAGAAAAAAGACGCUCUGAGAUAGCAGAAUGAAGAACACCCUGAUGCGCUGGAGACUGCCCGUCGUUUGUUUCGUUUGGCAGUUGGCGAUGAUUAUUCUCUUCGGCGUUUUCAUCAGAUAUAACGAAGAAUCAGAUGCCCACUGGAUCAAAACCAAAGUAGCUCGUAACAUCAGCAGCGAUUUGGAGAACGACUUCUACUUCAGGUACCCCAGCUUUCAAGAUGUUCAUGUGAUGAUUUUCGUGGGAUUUGGAUUUCUGAUGACGUUCCUGAGGAGAUAUGGAUUUGGCAGUGUCGGAUUCAACUUCCUUGUAGCAUCCUUCAGUAUCCAGUGGGCUCUGCUGAUGCAAGGAUGGUUUCAUUCCCUAGAUUACAGCGAUGGAAAGAUCAAAAUUGGAGUGGAAAGUCUGAUAAAUGCCGAUUUCUGUGCUGCUUCAGUGCUGAUCUCAUUUGGAGCCGUCCUUGGAAAAGUCAGUCCAGUGCAGUUGCUGAUCAUGGCGUUGUUUGAAGUGACCCUCUAUGCAGUGAAUGAAUACAUCAUACUGAGCCUUCUGGGGGCCCGGGAUGCUGGUGGCUCGAUGGUUAUCCAUAUGUUCGGUGGCUAUUUUGGACUCGCAGUCACUCGUAUCCUGUACAGGGCGAAGUUGGACCAAAGCAAGAAUGGGUCCAUCUACCACUCCGAUCUCUUCUCCAUGAUUGGCACCCUGUUCCUCUGGAUGUUUUGGCCCAGCUUCAACUCUGCAAUUUCUAACCACGGCGACGGCCAGCACCGCGCAGCCAUCAACACGUACGCCUCACUGGCUUCCUGCGUGCUCACCACCAUCGCCGUCUCCAGCAUCUUGGAGAAGAAAGGGAAGAUCAAUAUGGUUCACGUUCAGAAUGCCACGCUGGCUGGGGGCGUGGCGCUGGGCACGGCUGCCGAGAUGAUGCUCAGUGUCUACGGAGCGCUGAUAGUCGGUUCUCUGACCGGAGUCAUAUCGACGCUAGGAUUCAUCUACCUCUCGCCGUUCCUGGAGAAAUACCUCCAUAUCCAAGACACCUGUGGCGUCCACAACCUGCAUGCGAUCCCUGGGUUGAUCGGAGCCAUUGUGGGGGCAAUCACUGCAGCCGCUGCGACUGAGGAAGUCUACACCAGGGAAGGGCUGAUCGCUGCUUUUGGCUUCGAGGGCAGAUUUGAAGGGAGACCUCCUUCUGUCCAAGGGGGGUUUCAGGCUGCGGCCUUCUGCGUCACUCUGGUCAUUAGCCUGGCGGGCGGAAUCAUUGUCGGUUUUAUUCUGAAAUUGCCCAUCUGGGGAGACCCGUCGGAUGAAAACUGCUACGACGAUGAAGUUUACUGGGAGGUACCAGAAGAAGAAGCUGUCUACAGCGUCCAAUCCAUGAACAACCCAGCCUUAAAAACAAAUUCUAAUGGAGACAGCCAAUAAUGGAAGCAGAUGAUCGUGUGUUGUGAUUGACAUUUUGUUCAACACUUCUGUGUUCUCUCCAGUACAAGUGAGAGCAGUGAACUUAUUACCCUGAACUGCUUCAACUUACAAAUGAACUCUAACGAAAGGCUACUGGUGCCAAAGUACUUCCAGACCUCUCUCUCCACCAGAGAUUGGACACUCUCCAUCCCUUCAGCCUCAGCUACUAGCAACAUUUUCAAUUACUCAAGGGCUGUUUCCUUUCUGUGAGUGGUUUGCUCCAUGAAUAGGUGGGGCUCUCACUGCCUCCCCAGAUCUCCUGCCUCUUCCUCCCCCUCCAAACCCCAAGUGCUGUCUCCCUCAGUUUGCUGAAGGUGCUGGGAUGGGGAUGUAUUUGCCGUGAAUUUAUAUAGUGCCUCUCACCCCCAGUGGGCUGAACAGCCAUUUGUUUUUGCAGCUGGCCCCUUUGACAACAGGACUGAAUCUGAUCAAAUUCUACUUCUUAAGGCUGCCUUAGGGAAGGGGAAGGAAGUCCCAGCUAUUACGUGGGUCUCUCGCUGGUAGUUGCUUCCCCCCGCACCUUCGCAUGCUCAGCGGUGUCAAAGACUCCUCUGCCAUGUCCACACAGGUGGGUUUGGCCAGUAGCCAAUCCCUGCUGCAAAGUCAAUUCUGGGGGCAGAAGAGGGCUGCUUUAAAUCUCCACCACCUCUGCCCCCGCCCCCACCACACACACACAAACACC